CCAUCAACGGCUAGUUUCAGUCUUCAGAAACAGAGUCUGUAUUUUCUCUUAAAUACUUAAACCCUCACUCUCCAAAUCCACUCCACACUUCAUCUUCUCAGUUCUUCCCAUCAUUUUCUCUCACUCUCUUUCUCGCUGUUCAAAAACUGUGAAAAGCCACAAAAUGAAUGAUCUAAUGACGAAAUCGUUCACGAGCUACGUUGAUCUGAAGAAAGAAGCCAUGAAAGACCUCGAAGCGGCGGACAUCGAAAUGGGGAUACAGAAGAUGGACCAGAACCUCUCCGCCUUCUUAGAAGAAGCGGAGAAGGUGAAAACAGAGAUGAAUUCGAUCCGAGAAAUCCUGGUCAGGUUGCAGGAAUCCAAUGAAGAGAUCAAAGGCCAGCACAAGCCCGAAGCUCUCAAAUCGUUGCGGGACAGGAUAAACGCCGACAUAGUGGCGGUCCUGAAGAAGGCCAGGGGGAUCAAAGCGGAGCUGGAGGAGAUGGACCGGUCCAACGCGGUGAACCGGCGGUUGUCGGGGUGCAAGGAGGGAACUCCGGUGGACCGGACGCGGCUGGCCGUGACGAACGGGCUGAGGAAGAAGCUGAAGGAGCUGAUGAUGGACUUCCAGAAGCUAAGGCAGAGGACGAUGAGCGAGUACAAGGAGACGGUCGAGCGGAGGUACUUCACUGUCACCGGAGAGCAGCCUAAUGAUGAGGUGAUCGAGAAGAUUCUGAUUUCCGGCCAUGGCGGUGAAGAAUUUCUCUCUCGAGCAAUUCAGGAGCACGGGAAGGGGAAGGUGUUGGAGACGGUGGUGGAGAUACAGGACAGGCACGACGCGGCGAAGGAGAUAGAGAGGAGCCUGCUGGAGCUCCACCAGGUGUUCUUGGACAUGGCGGUGAUGGUGGAAGCGCAAGGGGAACAGCUGGAUGACAUCCACCACCAUGUGAUGAAUGCUGCCCAGUAUGUGAAUGAUGGAAGCAAGAGCUUGAAGGCUGCAAAGGAGCAUCAGAGGAGCAGCAGGAGGUGUAUGUGCAUUGGGAUCAUUCUCCUCCUGAUCAUCAUUCUUGUCAUCAUUAUCCCCAUUGCCACUAGCUUUGCCCAUUCUUGAGGAUUAGAAAUGUUGAUGAACUAGCUGUAUUCUUUUAUUCUUUUAUGUUGGCCUAGGUUUCUCUGAUCUCUUUUGGUGCAAGUCCUUGAUUCUCUUAGGACUUGUAUGGUUGUACGUUUUGCUGUCUCACCCAAUGUCUGCUUUGUGUCUGCAAGGAUAUAUGAAUGAAUGAGAAUGAAUGGCAUUGUUAAUAAACAAAAUGCAUUUGUCAAACUGGGAGGCAUAUGAAACUUGACAAAAUGCAUAUGGCAUAUUUUAC